AUGGAUAACGUAUCAUUUAAUGGCGAAAUUGCUGGAGCCGAAAGGGCAAAAAAACGAAGGAGAAGUAAUGAACAUUCUGCAAAAGAAGGGGAAAAAGCAAUUAAUAUUCAAGUUGUUGUGCGUUGCCGCGCAAGAAUUGAACGUGAAGUCGCAGCAAACUCGCCAAUUGUUGUUCAAGCUACUCCCCGUGAGAUUAAAGUUUGGGCUAAUCCUCAGGACAUGAUGCCGUAUAAAACCUUUACCUUCGAUAAGGUUUUUGGGGCAGACGCGGAUCAGAGCCGAAUAUUCGAUACCAUAGUAAUUCCUAUAUUACAUGAAGUUAAAGCUGGAUAUAACUGUACUCUGUUCGCAUAUGGUCAAACUUCGACUGGCAAGACUUUCACAAUGGAAGGAAAGCUUGACCUCCACAAUGGAAGUAUUAGUCCUGAUGCCGGUGUUAUUCCACGUUCCCUAUAUUAUAUAUUUGAUACUUUGGAAGCUGAACAAGCUGAUUUUUCGGUUAAAAUAUCUUAUAUUGAACUAUACAAUGAAGAGUUAAAAGACUUGCUUUCUUCAGAUAGUGAUAACCGACAAUUAAAAAUUCUGGAUGAUGCAAAUAGAAAAUGUGUCCUCCACGGCCACGAAGAAGUACUUAUAAAAAGCGCUGAAGAUGGAAUAAAUGUUCUGAAACAAGGCUCAAUAAAACGUCAAGUUGCUCAGACCAAUUAUAACAAGAAUUCUAGUCGAUCUCACUCUGUAUUCUGUAUUACACUUCAUAUUAAAGAAACAAUGCCUGAUGGUGAGGACCUAUUAAAAGUCGGAAAAAUCAAUUUAGUAGAUUUGGCGGGAUCUGAAAAUAUUAGUCGAACUGGCGCUGAAAAUCUUCGUGCGAAAGAAGCCGGAAAGAUCAAUAAAAGCUUGUUAACGCUAGGACGAUGUAUUAAUAGUCUCAAUGAACAUAAUCAACACAUUCCAUAUAGGGAAAGCAAGUUGACACGUCUCCUGCAAGAUUCACUUGGUGGUCAUACCAAAACUUGUAUAAUCGCGACAAUCUCUCCAGCUAAAUUAAGUUACGAGGAAACGAUAUCUACACUAGAUUAUGCUCAGCGUGCGAAGAAUAUUCUUAACAAGCCUGUUGCAAAUCAACGUGUCACUAAAAAAGCUUUGAUUAAAGAAUACAUAGGUGAGAUCGAACGUUUGAGAGCUGAUCUAUUGGCUGCCCGAGAGAAGAAUGGAAUAUACUUGUCACAAGAUACUUAUCAAAAUUUAGUGGAUGAAAAUCAAAGUCGAAAAGAUGAAAACGAUGAAUUGAAAAAGUUAAAUGAAGGUCUAAAGGAACAAGCCGAAAGAUUUGAACGAGAAAAUUCUAUCAUUAAUAGAAAACUUUUGCGUCAAACUUCCAUUAAUAACCAUCAUCAAAAGGUGUUCCAAGAAUUUCAGAAAAUGAUGUUAUCUGUAACAUCACAACUAGAAUAUAAAUUUAAUGAAAUAAAGACUGUACACCUUGGAUUUGGGGAGUUGAUAUAUAACAAGAUGAAGGAAUUUAUGGAACGACGCGAAAAUGAAAUUUCGGCCACUAUUAAAUGUAUCGAAGAACGUAUGGAUCGAUCUAUACAACAAAAAGAUCAAAUUAUUCAAAUAUUUGAUAACCAAGAGCGGAUUUCCAUUAAUUUGAGUGCUGAAUUAUUAAAAUUCCGGGAAGAAACUCAAAAGCUUAUAGAUCAAAAAGGCCAGGAAUUACGAAAUAGUUCAUCUGCGACGUUCAAUACAUUUCAGCACGAAUUGUCAAAUCAAUUCGAAAAGAUACGGUCGUAUCAAGUAAAGCUCGGGGAAGACUUAUCUUGCUUGAUGAAAGCCACGCAAGAGCAUAUUGCGUCCCAAAAUCAAGCAAUCACUUCUUUUCGUAGUUUCACUCAUGAAUCAUCCAAUUCUCAAAUAGAUUGUAUGAUAGAACAAAAACAUCUUCUGGCGCAGCUCGCAGAGGAAGAUGUUUUGUUGAGAAAAUCAAUGGAGGAAGAAAUUUUAACUAAUGUGCUAGAAACACUUAAAAGAUAUGGUGAUGCACAUUCGUCAAAAAUCAAAAAUGUUAUUAGUACCGUCCAAGAUACAAUUCAAAGGAACGUUGAUUCUGUUAAAUCAUUCAGUGAAGCGUGUGCUAAUGUUGCCGAUGGCAUGAAUACAGCGAAUACUUCUUAUUUGACCAACUUUAAUAAUAAAUAUGAUGUUUCCAAAGAAGACCUGUUAGCUUUAGAAAAUGAAAACCGGCUAGCACGCGUCGAUACCAUCGAAGACAGCAUAUAUACUAAAUUGGAUGAAUGCAAAGAUGCGUUUGAAUCAAAGAUAAUAUCGUUAGAUACAUUUGCAAGUGCUGCUGUUAAAGAGACAUCGGAACUACAAAAACAAUAUGCUCAGUCCUUCAAUUCGUUUGCUACGGAUGUAACUCAAGGUUAUUCCGAAUUCCAGAGCCAAUUCAUCAGAACACGAGUAGAUUCGGAAAACAUGACAAAGAAUGUAUUUGAUUUGAAUCAAGCUAAUGUGAACGCGACUAGUGGUUUAUAUAUCAAUUUUGCUAACCAAGUUCAACGGUCUCGUGAAGAAACCAAUUCACUAUCAGAAAAAUUUAACGAUUCUGACACCAAAAUCAGAACUCCUACAACAAAACGUACUCAUUUUCUCAACAUUACAAAUCUUCCAUGA